CUAGGCUUUGCUCCUCCCAUCCACGAACGUUGUCCGGGAUUCCUGAUUCUCGAGCGCAAGAGCCUCAGUCAUCUAACCCUGCAAACAUGGCGUCCCUGGCCGUACCACGCCGACAACGCAUACAACCUUGACUCAGUCAGAAAGGACUCUGCGAUGGUGUACUCCCUCUCGCAGAUCACCAAUUGGCUGCCCGAAGAUGCCACAGUCCGGCUUCAGAACAUAAACACCGGUGAAAUUGUGCAGGUCCCAGGGCCUAUCCCACGAUCGGUCAUGUUCUUUAGCCAACUUUCUAAGCUAUUCUUGUAUAGCUUCCUCAUCCACAUCGAUGACGUCCCCGCUGACAUCCUCGACAAUGUGAUCUGGGCGUUGGAGAUGUUCGUUGAUCUGCUGACUGAGUGCACGGAUGCGCUACUGGGUGCAAUAUUUCCCCGUCCAUCCAGCGCUGAGGACAAUGCAGGUCUUGUUCACGCCAGCCCAAGGCCAAUUGUAUCGCAGAGUGGCAAUAUUCUGAUACCGGACUACAGUGGUAGACUAUUCAAGCGUCAGCAAGCAAAGGCGAAGCUCACAUUGUUCCUCCUAAAACCCGAGGUUAACAGACCAAAGGAUGCAACGAAAUACUGGAGGGAAAUCAUAGACCACCAGCAUCAUUUUAUAGCACUUGGGCAACCCGUUGAUACACAACAUGGGUUCCUUAUGAUUUUUGCGGAAGCUCUUGCACGCAGCGGAGAAGAUGAUGCUACCGCGGAG